GUUAGAUAUAGUGCAGAUUUUUUUUAUGCAAAACGAUUGUUAUUUUCAAGCAACAUUUAGCAUAUAUUUCCAAGCGAAAAUAUCACACAUACAGUCACACAUACACUCUCACGCACACACUUACACACCCCUCUCAUGGUGGCUGAAUGGACUCGUCCGCAGUGCCUGGAGUAGAGGGGGGCAAUUUGAACCACGAAGUGACGCUGGUUUGUUUACAGCGUUUAUAGUAGUAAUAAUAAUAACAAUAAUAUAUUUUUAUUUUUACAUAUUAUUACAUAUUUGAUCAGGUCUCGUUAUGCUUUAAUGACACACAGACAGACACACAGACAGACAGACAGACACCCACCCACCUCUUUAUAGGUUCCGGCGAUGUCUCAAACAACACUUUUAGAGGAGGUGAUGCAGUGGAGCCCGGAUACAUGUGAACAACAGCUGAAGGAGGUCUUGCCCAGACUUCUCUCCAUUCAUCAGAACACGAACAGCUGGAAUGAGCACACCAAUGUUCUACAGAUUAUUGUAGACAUGUUCCUUCCCCAUGUCCCUCCAUCAGAACUCGAGGAAGAAUGUUUCUCCAAAAUCCUGCCUAAGGUUGAGGUGAUGUUCACUGGAUUUCUGGAGGAGAUUGCCAGGCAUAUUGGAGACCUGACUAGCCAGAACCCGGAGCUACACACGUUCCUCAGGAGCAUUUUGCAGAUGAUGGUGAAGACACUGGAAGCGCUGUCUGCGUGCGUACGUCGCGUGUGUGUUCUCGGCGAGGCUACGUCCCUGGACUCUAUCCGCUCCCUUCCCCCUUGUGUCCUCCACGUCUUGAAGGACACCUUCCAGCACUGCAAGGAUAGUGAGGUUGUGUACGGUGGGAGACUGUCACUAGUAGGAGACCUGCUGCAGGGCCUGUUCAGAGAAGCCUACUCCCUCCAAAAGGGCCUGAUGGAGCUGCUGGAUAAGAUCAGCCUGGAGAACAAUGCCUCUGAAGAAGAAAUAUCUGAUCUAGUCACAGUGAUUCACACGUUGCUGGACAUAUGCACAGUCAUAUCUGAUCUGGAUAUUGCUUUGCAUGCUAACACAUGGAGGUUUAUCAUCAAGCAAAGCGUGAAGUACCAGUCUCUGGUGGAGGAGCGACUGCGACACAGCGACCUCGUACCGUGUUUGUGUGAGGACCUGCUGUCCUCGGUGCGGAAUUCUCUGGAGAUAGCCGAGCAGAUGCAACAGUCGGAUUUGAAGGAAUUUGUGAGGUGCACCGAAUACAAGGUUUUUCAGAAAACCACAAAAAUGUGCAGAUUUUUUGCCAACACUUUGGUCCAUUACAUAAAGGAAUUUAACCCAUUUCUUUCAAAGUUCUGUGGUCGUUUUCACCUGCUGUACCUGCAAGUCCUCAGUAAAUUUCCUCCUUGUGCCUCUGCCCCGUCUGUGCCCAUUGGCCUGGUUGAAGAGUUGAGCAGUGUGGUUUUGGUUCCCCUGGAUGCUAUGCUGACACAGCUUUUACCCAUGAGGUCUUUUGUCGAGUGCGUUCUGACCCCGGCCCAGAAGAACAGUCCAGAGCUCGCUCUGCCACAGUGUCUCCUGCUGGUGAACGUGUUGGCGAAGCUCGGCACCCAGACAGACGAGACGCUGUGUCUCUGGUACGAUGGCAGUCAGUUCUCAGAGGAAACACACAGGCUGUCCAUCUUUGAGGCGGUUUUUCUGAGUUUCCGUCACUGCCUGGUAGAGCGGACUGUUCCUGUACGGUUGCCUGGGGUGAUGAUUCACGGCCAGGCUCAGGCCACUGUAAGCCUGCACCAGCAUUUAUGUGUGUAUCUGUGUGGCUGUGUGGCAGCACUGCCUGCUCAACACUUCCCGAAGCUGGAGCGGUCAUUGUUGGGCGCUGUGCUCCAGUCAGACACCCAGGCAGCCAUAUUAGCCACUGACAUCUGGUGCUUCCUGGCACGAUUUGGUACGGCUGAGUUGUGUCUACACCACGUUCUCCUCACAGCUCACCUGAUAAAGUCAUGCCCAAGUGUGAACGGUCAACUGACUCAUUUGGGUUUGUUGCUACGACGCCUGAUAUUUCUUAUGACUCCAAGCCACCAGUUGGAGUUUGUUGAAAGCUUCUCACCAUCUCGGGAUGAGAACUUGUGUGUGUGGAGUCACGUUCUGCUCAGUAGUCUGUGCUCGAAUGCUCGUGCUCGUGUGGAGAGGGAUUUAUUGAGCAGGGCCCGAGCGGCUCUGGAUGCCUGGCAUGGUGCAGGCUACAGACUGAGGAACAUACUCCCACUGAACAAGGCAUUGAGUUGUUUAUUGGUGGUGGUUCGAGGGGAGCCUGUGCACACUGAAACCAUGACAACAACACUAAAUAUCAUUCAUCAGAUGUGGACUCGCAUGGAUGCUGUCCAGGUUCAGAGCCAUCCUUCUCUUCAGUGCACCCUCAAGCUGCUUCUGUCCAUUUCAGGGAAGUUGAUCAAAGGUCUAGAACCACAGGCUAUAGUUCAGGGAUUUUCCUGUCUCACUGGCUUGAAUCUCCACAAAUGCAACGAGGACUUGGUGCUGGCUGCUUUGGAUUAUUUGGCCUCCAUGGGGAAAGUAUUUGUUCCUUGUGAUAUUCAGUUCCAGGUGCUGCCCAAACUCAGCGCUCUGUUCAGCACGUUGCUGAGUCACGAGUCUUGGCUGCUCCAUCAGCACACACUGGAGGCCUUUGGCACUUUUGCUGAGGCCACCAGUCAUGAAGAGAUCAUUUCUCAAAGUCUGAGCACAGAGGAGAUAAAGAGCAAAGUGGUGAACUUUCUCAGCAAAGUCAUCCCAAGCCAACAGCAGGCUGCAGGGGUCCAUAUGGAGAGACUGAGGGCUGAAGCAGCUGUGAUAGAAAGACACAAUGAUAGACUGGAGAGCGGAGAAAAGAUGUCUGCUGAAAUAUCUGAGCCAUGUGCCAAGCGGCCACGCCAGGAGACCAGUAAACAGGACGAGUAUGAGCGCUACCUCCAGGCAGCCGAAAGCGCUCUGAGGGCACUGCAGGCUAUCGGGGGUGAAGCUUCAUCAGUUCCACAAUGGGUAACGCCAAGACUGCAGGACUUACAAACUCUUAUCUCACAAAUCAGCAGUACUGCAUCCCAGCCACCCUGAUAAGGGUGCUACAAUGCAGCACAGCAACUUGUCCUGGUUCUCACACACUCCUGCCAAUUUCAGUGGUAGGUAACGGGGAUUAGGGCAAGAGCACUUUUUUUUUUUUUUAAAUCUUUAUUUAAUUUUAUGAAUGUAAUGUCUCUAGUGUUUGUACAUUAAAUGCAUCCUUCACUCAA